AGCAGAUGGUACGUGAACAAUACACUACAACAACACCAGGCACUAGCCUAGAGAGGCCAAAGAAUGAGUAUGUCUACAAAAUUGGAAUUUAUGGCUGGAGAAAGCGUUGCCUCUACCUGUUUGUCCUCCUCCUGCUUAUCAUCCUAGUUGUGAAUUUUUCUUUGACAAUUUGGAUCCUUAAAGUGAUGUGGUUUUCCCCAACUGGAAUGGGACACCUGCGUGUUACGAAAGAAGGCCUUCGUCUGGAAGGAGAAUCGGAAUUCUUAUUCCCUCUUUAUGCCAAAGAAAUCCAUUCUCGAGUGGACUCAUCACUGCUUCUCCAGUCUACUCACAAUGUGACUGUGAAUGCUCGCAAUUCAAAUGGGGAAGUCACAGGCAGAUUAAAUGUGG